CUCCAUUUUUUGUGAUGUCAUUCGCGUCGCUGUGUCAAUUUCAGCGAUUAUUUUAAUUUAUUAUUUACUUGUUUAUAAAUUAAUCAUAAAAUUAUUAAACAUCUGUUUUAUCAGCAGAUCAGCUGUUACUUGAUUUGUUGAACGUCCAUCUUUAUUCUGUUGUUGUUGUUGUUCUCUUUUAUUAGAUAUUUUAUUGUUGUUUAUAAUAAAAUAAUCUUGGUAUUGUGUUUGUAAGAAUAAUUAUAUUAUUAAUAUUUUAAACAAAUUAAUAAUGGCUGAUGAAACGAGUGAGGAACAAUUGUCACUGAGACACAAAAAAGAACGUAAAGAAUUACUAGCUAAAAUACAAAAUUUAAAGAAGUCAAUAUGCAAAGGUGAUAAAAAACGUAAAAAAGAAAUAACUGAAGAAGUUGUUAAAAUGGAAUCUGAUUUGGAUAGACGUCAUGAUGAAGAAAUGGCAAAUUUUAAAUUAACAAAAUUAACUUUAACUGGUUUACCAAAUAAUGAAAUAGUUAUAAAACCAAAUGAUCAUAAUGAUGACUCCGAUGCUGAUGAUAAUAAUAAACCAGGUGAAUUAUCAGGACAAAGAAUAUCAAAAGCACAAAAAAGACGUGACAAAAAAGCACAAGCUGAAAAAAUUAGAAAUCAAAGAAUUAUUGAACAAGAAGAAUUAAAUGUUUUUGGUAAAAGAAAUAUUGAAAUUCAGGCUAUCAAAAAAAUAUUAGGAGAACGUGAUUUAAUGCUGUAUGAAAUUCCAAGUGAUGGUCAUUGUUUGUACAAUGCGAUUGCUCAUCAAUUAAAAUCAAUUGGUGAUAAUCCACUUGGACUACAGGAUCUUAGAAACAAAACAGCUGGUUAUUUACGUGAAAAUAUUGAUGAUUUUUUACCAUUUAUGUCAAAUUCAGACUCUGAUGAUAUUUUUUCACCAGAACAAUAUGAAAAAUAUUGUGAUAAUGUUGAGCUUACAAGUGCUUGGGGUGGUGCAAUUGAGCUUCAAGUACUAUCACGUGUUUUAAAAUGUCCAAUUGAAGUUAUUCAAGCAACUGGAGCACCAUAUAUUGUUGGCUCAGAAUUUGAAACAAUAAGAAAAGUUAUAGUAACUUAUCAUCGUCAUAUUUAUGAACUUGGUGCACAUUAUAAUUCAGUAACAAAAUUUGUAAAAGAAUGUGAUAGUUAAAUUUUUAAAUUAAUUAUUUAAAUAUAAAUUUCACUUGAAAAGAAAAAUAAAAUUACAAUUUUAAUGAUUAUAAAAUAAAAAAAAA